CUCGCCGCCGCCUCCCAGCGCGGCCGCCGCCUCCGCCGCAGUCGCCGCGCAGCCCAGCCGUCCCCGGUCGUCGCCCGAGCAGACACCAGGAAGCAUCGAAAGUUUCUGACAGGACCGUGACACGGUGACAGCUAAGCCUCUGGUGCCACGAUGCACGUGAAGAAGUACCUGCUGAAGUGCCUGCACCGGCUGCAGAAGGGCCCCGGCUACACCUACAAGGAGCUGCUGGUGUGGUACUGCGACAACACCAACACCCACGGCCCCAAGCGCAUCAUCUGCGAGGGGCCCAAGAAGAAGGCCAUGUGGUUCCUGAUCACGCUGCUCUUUGCCGCCCUCGUCUGCUGGCAGUGGGGCAUCUUCAUCAACACCUACCUGAGCUGGGAGGUCAGCGUGUCCCUCUCCAUCGGCUUCAAGGCCAUGGACUUCCCCGCGGUCACCAUCUGCAACGCCAGCCCCUUCAAGUAUUCCAAAGUCAAGCAUUUGCUGAAGGACCUGGAUGAGCUGAUGGAAGCCGUCCUGGAGAGGAUCCUGGCUCCUGAGCCCAGCCACGCCAACGCCACCAGGGCCCUGAACCUGACCAUCUGGAACCACACACCCCUCGUCCUCAUCGAUGAGCGGAACCCCCACCACCCAGUGGUCCUCGACCUCUUUGCAGAUAACCACAAUGACUCAGCAAGGAUCUGUAAUGCCCCCGGGUGCAAAAUGGCCAUGAGACUAUGCAGCCUCAACGGGACCGAGUGCAUCUUCCAGAACUUCACCAGCGCCACCCAGGCGGUGACGGAGUGGUACAUCCUGCAGGCCACCAGCAUCUUUGCACAGGUGCCAACCCAGGAGCUGGUGCAGAUGGGCUACCCCGCCGAGCGGCUGAUCCUGUCCUGCCUGUUCGGGGCAGAGCCCUGCAGCUACCGGAACUUCACGUCCAUCUUCUACCCUCAUUACGGCAACUGUUACAUCUUCAACUGGGGCAUGACGGAGAAGGCGCUUCCUUCCGCCAACCCCGGAACCGAGUUCGGCCUGAAGCUGAUCCUGGACAUAGGCCAGGAAGACUACGUGCCCUUCCUCGCGUCCACGGCCGGCGUCCGGCUGCUGCUUCACGAGCAGAGGUCAUACCCCUUCAUCAGGGAGGAGGGCAUCUACGCCAUGUCGGGGACGGAGACGUCCAUCGGAGUGCUGGUGGACAAGCUGCAGCGCAAGGGCGAGCCCUACAGCCCGUGCACCGUGAACGGCUCCGACGUCCCCAUCCGAAACUUCUACAGCAACUACAACACGACCUACUCCAUCCAGGCAUGUCUUCGCUCCUGCUUCCAAGACCACAUUAUCCGUAACUGCAGCUGUGGCCACUACCUCUACCCCCUGCCCCCCGGGGAGAAGUACUGCAACAACUGGGACUUCCCGGACUGGGCUCGUUGCUACUCAGAUCUGCAGAUGAGCCUGGACCAGAGAGAGACCUGCAUCGGCCUGUGCAAGGAGUCCUGCAAUGACACCCAGUACAAGCUGACCAUCUCCAUGGCCGACUGGCCUUCUGAAGCCUCCGAGGACUGGAUUUUCCACGUCUUGUCGCAGGAGCGGGACCAGAGUACCAAUAUCACCCUGAGCAGGAAGGGAAUCGUCAAGCUCAACAUCUACUUCCAAGAAUUCAACUACCGCACCAUUGAGGAAUCACCGGCCAAUAACAUCGUCUGGCUGCUCUCAAACCUGGGCGGCCAGUUCGGCUUCUGGAUGGGGGGCUCAGUGCUGUGCCUCAUUGAGUUUGCGGAGAUCAUCAUCGACUUCGUGUGGAUCACCAUCAUCAAGCUGGUGGCCUUUGCCAAGAGCCCGCGGCGGCGCCCGGCCCCGGCUCGCUACGCCGGCCCGCCGCCCACCGUCGCCGAGCUGGUGGAGGCCCACACCAACUUCGGCUUCCAGCCUGACACAGCCAACCACAGCCCCAGCGCCGAGGCCUACCCUGACGAGCAGGCCAUGCCCAUCCCCGGCACCCCGCCCCCCAACUAUGACUCCCUGCGUCUGCAGCCCCUGGAUGUCAUCGAGUCUGACAGUGAGGGCGACGCCAUCUAGCCCUGUCCCUGGGCAGCUCAGGAACUCGAAGCUGAGAAGCGGAUGCCAUUGGCCAAGGCGUCGUUCUAUGGUGCCCUUUCCAGAGGGCCAGACUGUGUCCAAGCCCAGAGCCUGUGUCCCUCAACACGGGGGCAGGCAGCCAGUGGCCAGGCCCAGGCCCCGGGCCCUGCAGGGCCACAGUGCCGUGCAGGGUGUGGGAACCGUGUUCUCCCUGGGCCCUGCCCAUGUGCCCACCUGUCCUGGGUAUCCCCAGCUAGACCCCGGAACACCAGCCGCUGUCUGCCCCAGAGAGGACAGGUGGGCAUGCCGUGUGGCCCCUUCCUUCCUGGCCUUGGUCAGUGACCCCUGGGAACAGGCUCAGGAGGGUGAGGGUGGUGGGAGGAGGAAGAGCAUCGCACGUGGGAGCCCUGCCGGGUGGCACAUACUCUGUUCUAGAAAAUAAAUAAAAGUAGAAAACACUGA